AUGGUUUUGUCCCAUGAGGACUCUGAUCAUGCUCAUUCAUACUGGUAUGCUCAGAUCAUUGGCAUCUUUCAUGCACACGUCUCAGCACUGAAGAGAAUGUCAUUCUUGUGGGUUCGCUGGUACAGCAUCGACCUGCAGCACAACUGGGGAUGGAAGCACAAGUGGCUUCCUCAUGUAGGCUUCCUCGAUGCAGACAAGCCUGGUGCAUUCAGAUUUCUAGAUCCUGAUCAAGUCAUGCGGGCAGUACACUUGAUCCCUGGAUUCGCACAUGGGAUAACUGACAUGCUUUUGCCGCCAUCAUUUGUAUGUGCACCUGCCGAGCAAGAUGCAGAUUGGCAAUAUUACUAUACAUUCAGAUUUGUGGACUGCGACAUGUAUAUGCGGUUCCGCAGCAAGGGUGUGGGCCACCAGUCAAUCUGA